AUGGCCGCCGCGACCAACUCUAGUAGUGUCGAGCUCGCCGUGAUCGAUCCAUCCAUCUUGUCGUCCACGGGCGGCGCGCGCGUCUUGUUCAGGUGGCUCGGGUGGGGAGCUCUUUGUCUCGUCGCCGCGGCCUUGGGGCUCAUAGCCUUGGCUGUCGUCGCCGAGGCAGUCGCCCAGGAAGCCGCCCGCCGCCACCGCCAGGCCGCGCUCGCGAGGCGGAAGCGGGAGCAGCGACUCCGGCGUCGGCAGCGGUGCCGGAUGAUGAGCAGCCUACGUGACGCCCCGUACGAGCAGCUGAUUGCAGACGGGAUGGUGCGGAACCCGUGCGUGAUCUGCCGGGCGGAGUACGAGGUCGGCGAGACGUGCAGCCUCCUGCCGCGGUGCACCCACACGUUCCACAAGCACUGCAUCGCCGCUUGGCUGCGACACCACACCACCUGCCCCAUCUGCGACGCCACAGUAGCACGGUCGUGUACGUAG